AUGACUGUUCAUUUCAACUUUGGAAAUGUAAUAAAUAGUUAUGUAAAUGUAAUUUUCCCGAAUUCAGAUCCUAUAGACAAAACCCAUGAUUCCUUGGAUCCAUACAAUGACGAUGAUCACCCUCAUGAUAUCCCUUUACGCCAUAAAAUAGUCUACUCAACCUUUUCAAUAUUAAUAAUCUUAACUUUGGUAUUUUUGUGUAUAAUUACUGUCAAUAUCAAGUCAGUUUUUAUGACCAACAAGUCAUUAGAUUAUGCAAUUGAUGAUAUCGUAGCACCAAAUACAAAUGGAUUAGUUUAUUUUAUAAAUGAAGUCAAUAAAAAAAAUGAAGAAAUUGUAUCUGAACCUGGCUCAAAAGAUGAUCCGUCAGCCUCAACUGUUAAGGAUAUUUCAAUUUCACUUUCACAUAAUGACCAAAUUAACAAAAUAAAUGAGCUUAAAACAAGGACUGAUAUAGCCCUUUGGAUACAAUUUGGUUUGAUUCCUAAUCUAUACCUAGGAUUAAACACGUUUAACAAGUCCGUAGCCAAUGCAGUUCUAAUAUCGUUCAAAGGAAAAGAUAAAGAAUACAGACGUGACAUUCCCGGAGAUAUUUUAUCAGCUUCAAAAGUCCUUUUACACUCAGACCCUUCACGAAAUAACCUAAUGAAGUCCGAAAGUGGGACUUAUAUAUACUACAAAUAUCCAUACGAUGAUAAAACCGCAUCAAAUUAUCAAUACAUUUACGGAGAAGAUAUUGACGAAAUAAUGUCAAAACUAAUGCAGGGCACAGGAUAUUUAAAAGAGUUUCCUUAUUUUCCUUUAAAUUCAAUAAUAUCAGAUGAAAAAAUAAAUGAAAUUUCAGUGGAUUUUCUAACAUAUAAUGUAAUAUCGGAUGUAAUCAGUUCUGUAAACAUAAAGUUUAAUUUUUCUAACAGUGAAACUACUGUCAAUGGAUCAAACGAAUCUGACUCUAAAAUAAAUAACAAAACAACUGUUUCUUCAUAUCGAAUAAAUACUACUCUGUUUCCACUAGUCAUAGAUGGUGGCUUAAUGCUUGUUCUUAUGGCCUUUACAAUAUACACAAUAAUUUUGUACAAGUUGUAUCCAAAGUCGUUCUUUCUUUUCGAUUAUAUCUUUGACUCAAUUUUUAAAAUAUCUGUGCUUUUAUCUUUGGUAUUUUUUAAUGCAAUUGUCUUUUUUGCCAAUUAUUCUGUACCCAGAGUAGGUUCAACAAAUUGUGACACUGGGUUUUGUGUAUCUAAAAUUGUUUUUGGUUAUGAUGAUAACCCAUUAGACGCUGAUAAAUUGUAUGAUAUAACAUUUGAUUACUUGAAAGUAAGAAUUAGAGUUUGUGUUAUUGUUUUUGGAAUUCUUUGUUUCUUUGCAUUAGUCUCAGUCGUCACAUCAUUAAUCGCAACAUGGUUGGUUGUCAACAAGAACAGGCACCUAUCCAUUGUAUAUAAAAAGUAUUAUUACCACUUGAAGAUCCCCUUAAUUUCACUGAUAGCAGGAACAGGUAUUUCUAUCCUUUUAAUUGCAGUUUUUAACUCCUCAGUUGCCCAUAUGUUCAAGUCGUCUGUUCAAUCCAUCUUUCGAAACUUUUUAGCUUUAUUCAACUUGAUAUUGGGUGUUUCAAGUGAUGCAACUCUAAAAUACAUAGACAAUAAUAGCAUUAUAUAUUCCUUUGUUUUUAUCCUCCUUCUGUUUAUUUCAUUUUAUCUGGCAGUAAUACUCAUAACAUCACUGUUGCUUAUGUUUGACGAUAAUGAUAAAGAGCUAAAUUUUUAUAAAAGGCCUGUAUCAUGGAAAUUCGAUAAUUAUAGAUUAUUGCAUUUCAUGUAUAAAACAGCAACUAGGUACAAUAAAAUCAAGCGUUUUAUAAAGUCAAAAAUACUCAGAAUGAGUGUUGUUUCAGAUGAUUGUGCUAGGGAAAGACUAAAUGCUCAAGCUAAUCAAAUACAGGAAUAUGAGUAUGAACCACCCGAAACUAAACGAAAGUUUAAAUUCUGUUUAACCACAUUUUUCAGAGUGAUAACAUACCUAGCUAUGUUAGGUUGUAUCAUUGCAUUUAUAUUUAUCGAAUUUAACUGCCUAAAGGUUUCAAGAGUAAUACAUAAAACUGUAAAUGAAUUGGUUUACAAAAACAAUCAAAAAUGGCACUUCGACACCAAGUUUUAUAAUACCUCUUAUACUGAAAUGUUAAAGGAUCCAAACCUUAAACCCAAAAAUCACAAACUAAACGUAAAAAUUGAGUCAUCCCUUCCCAAUGUAAAAAUUAAGACCUAUGACGAUCUCUACAACUGGUUAAAUGGUGGAGCUAUAAAAGAACUAUUUAAAUGGGUUAAAACUAAUGAUUCGGAGAAAUUACCUAAAAAUGAGACUGAAGUGAUGGCCAUAAACUCAAGAUACUAUCUGUAUCCUUCAAAUAAAGCGCUCCUAUUAGGCUUGAAUUUCUACAGAACUCCUCCCAAUGGUCUUAUUAAUAAUAUGAAGAAGAUAAUAGGACAUGACAAGUAUUAUUACUUUAUUACUUACGACAAAGAUAAGUGCCACAUUAGCACACUUUUUGAAACUAUUCCACACACUGUAAAAGAUGUUGGAAUUGACUUUAUUAUCGUGGAUUCUGAGUCUAAGAAUAAAAUAUAUAAUGGGUUUUUGAAUUUUUUUAUAGAAAAAUCUGGGUUAAUGGACUAUGAUUUGAGGAUUUACAACGUAUUUUCAUUUUUUCUACCCUCGGAAAACAGAAAUCUGUUUUUGUUCAUAGUGCUGGGCUCUACUAUCUCUUUAUUCAUCUUCCUUCUUUCUAUCAUGAUAAAAGAUAUUGUAAAUUUUAGAAAAGGAUUCAAAAUGUAUUAUCCAAGAUUUAACUUUUUAUAUAUGAUUUCAAUGUACUUUUUUAACGAUAUAAAGAGGGUGUUUGACCUAAUAGUAAUCCCUGUUGUGAUGAGCCUCGUGGUUAUGUACUCUGCAAUAAUAAUUUACCACAAGAUAAUGAGGGACCACUUCAAUGAAAUGGGAGAUAUAUACUACAGGUACUACUAUCAACUAUUAUCCCGAAGGAUUUUCUAUAUGCACUCAUCUUUGGCUAUACUCAUUUUAAUUAUUAUUUUAUUUGGGUUCAUUCUAAAGAAUUCAACCGUGAGGCACUAUUUACAUGUAGUAAUCUCUGUCCUAUAUCAGAUGAGAUAUAUGUAUCUUAACAUUAUUUUCUAUUUUAUGGUAAUGGUUUUCACAUUCCUCUUCUUUUUCUACUUUAUUUCUAGGGACUAUUUCAAAGGUAAUUUUUACUAUAUUAAAUAA